AUGGAUUCUUACUCGCACCCAACUAGCGUUGCGCCUUCGUUGUCCAGCAGCACCCCCGAGUUAUUUAAUGGUCUUGGCUCAGAAGCACACAAUCAGCAACCCCACUCAACGCCGGUUUCCUCUACCGCGGGGGCUGUUGAUUCGCGGUCGCCUCCGAUCACUGUGCAAGCCGCCUGCCUCGCCUGUAGGGGAAAGCAUCUAAAAUGCGAUGGUAGAAACCCGUGCUCACGAUGUCAAACAUCUGAUUCUGAAUGUGUCUACGUGGCUUCUCGUCGAGGCUACAAAGGGCCGAGGAGGAAUGCGGCUCCAAAUCCAAAUAAACGCCAUGCAACGGACGACUCACCGUCUCCCAAUGGCGGCGAUAGCUGUCCAAUGCUGCUGGGCGCAGCCGUUUCGACAGUUGCGCCGCCGAGCCUCGCGUCUUUCAACCCGGCCAUGGUAGUCCCUGAGUCUCCAGCCACGCCUUUCGCGCCUCCCGGCAUGAACGGCCUUCAACUGUACAGACAACCUUACCUUAAUGGCACUAAUGGCGCUUUGGUAGAGGCCAAUCAACGGCCGCAGCAGACGGUCCCAGAACGCUGCAUCGACUCGUUUUACUAUUACUUUUACCCCGGUCAUCCAACGGUUUUGCCCAAGGAACAUCUGUUCAAGCUAUCAAAAGAGAGAGACCUUGAUCAUCUGCUUGCUGCGAUGAGAUGGGUUGGAUCUUUGUAUAUAGAUGCCGGCCCUUCUCGCGCUACCUUCUUCGAAGAAGCUAUACGCUUGAUAUACGCCCCGGGCGUCGCAAAGGAUGGAUACCUAGUUCAGGCAAUGGUUAUCGUUCUAAUUGGACUCGAUGGCAAUUGCCAGCAGGAACGAGCGCGAGAGAUCUUAUCGGACGUCGAGCGGAUCGCCAUAGAGAUCGGCCUCUAUACAAGAUCUUUCGCUACCUUGCACGGAGGCGGCAUCCCUAGGGUGGAGGAGAGUUGGCGACGGACAUGGUGGGAUUUGUUCGUCGUGGAUGGAAUGGUUGCCGGGGUGCACCGGCAGUCAAAUUUCCUCCUUUUCGAUAUCGUAGCCGACGUCGGUCUUCCGUGUGAAGAACACGAAUAUUUGUCAGGCACUAUCCCACGCCCGAUGUAUCUGGAAGAUUUUGAUGAUCAGAUUUUCUCGGGAGAGGAACGAGAGUUUUCCUCAUUCGCCUAUCGUGUCGCUUCCAUAAGGAACUUGGGCCGCAUGAUGAGAUUGCCAAACGGCGGCUUUCCGAAUGAGGAAAACGUAAAUCGGAUCGAAUCGCUGCUGUCGAACUGGAGGAUGCAUCUGCCGGCAUCCAAGAGAGACAGCUUGAACAAGCACUGCCAGCUAGACGAGAUGAUGUUCCAGGCACACAUGAUCAAUCACGCUUGCUCGAUCAUCCUGCAUCAACCUCUUUCGCAGUUAGACUCAUCUCCGGCGCGCGAAGUGACAGCCUGUGCUCCGCAUCGGGCAGUCCAAAGUGGUGAUAAUUUCAACCUCCACACGAGACAUAUCAUCACGGCAGCGUGCGAGAUCAGCAAGAUGGUGACGUACAACGUUCCUAUCACCAGUCACACGCACUUCUUCACGUGUGUCUUGACACUAUCCUCGAUCGUCCAUCUCAGCAAGUGGGCCCUCGAAUUCCUCAUCCAGGACGAGGACGACCUUCGGCAGCAGAUCCGACUGAACAUCGGGGCUCUUAACAAGCUAAGCAACGUGUGGAAGGCAGCCAGCAACGCUUCGGGACAGGUCAAGGGCGUCGCGCAGGAAAUCUACCGCGCCAAGAGAGCACAGCAGAACAACCCCACGUUUUGGGUCGGGUUCACGCAGGAAGAGAUCAUCAGCAGCAUGGCCGCCGACGAGGGUAUCAUGUCCGAGAUCAACACCAUGCUCACCAGCGCGCCACCUUCCUGAGGUACAUGCAUGAUGGCACGAUCAGCUGGCCUGCCCACACUGCCACGAGCAUAAAUCGGGUGGUCGAACGGAAGUCCGCUUCGCCGAUGACGUGGUUAAACCAUGGAAGAGUCGUCGUUAUCUUGCUUCUCUUUACUAGCUCGGAGUUUUGAGUUGAAUCUAUAAGUAAAAGGAUCUUGGUUGAUAUCUUAUUAAGGGACGCGAGAGCUAUAAGGUCAGGAUAGUAGUACAGGUUCGCAAAGGAGGUAUGGGCCUUGGCGAUAAGCCUGUGGCUUGAGAGACGGGUUACCGUUUCAGUAGGCGGGCAAAACAACAAGACCAAAAAAAAAGAGGACAGCUUGAUGAGAUCGGACUUUUUAUUAUUAUAAUAAUGACCAGCUUGGAUAUAGAUGUACUUACGAGCAGUCUCUCUUUUUCCUUUUUUUCCCCUCCUCUCUCUUCCACAAGUCUUCUGCCUUCGCUGCGUAUUACGUCGUUUCAGCAGUACCUUAGGUCCUAGGAGAAUAUCGUAGUUGCGGGAUGGGGGCAUUUGUUUAUAUUUAAAGCACGACACAUAUGACCUUUUCUGGGACCUUGCCUCGUGUAGGUUUAAUUAAGUAGUAUCACACGCUCCUCCCGCCUUUUUCUUGUUAAUAUAGGUAGAUAAUAAUAAAGGAAUUAGCCAAGUCGACGGUUUCCACUCCGUCGGAUCCUCGCGUUCCUAUCCCAG